CCAUACUAUCGAUAAGGAUGAAAAAUGUCUGCGUCGCUACUCGCAUUUACACUUUCUCAUCCAGCCAUACAUUUUUUUGUUGUGCACCACCUCUCAUUAUGGGUAAACGCGCGAUUUCCGAAGUCAUUCCCGAGGAAGACGUUGCCGUCAAGUCGGAGGGCCUUUCGAGGAAGAAGAGCAAGAAAGAUAAAAAAGACAAAAAGCAACAGUCAACGGACGCCGAGGGAGUAAACGGAAACGAAGUACACCAGCAUGACGAGGAUAACGAAGCAACCGUGAAAUCCGGUGACGAAGAGAAACUUUCCAAGGCUGAGCGCAAAGCUGCGAAACAAGCGCGCAGAGAAGCAAAGGAAGCAAAGAAGGCCGGAAAGCAAACUUCGAGCGGCGCGGACACUGCAGAUGUGGUCAUGAAGGAUGAUGAUGUUGACGAAACUGACGAGAAAGCGGCAAAGAAAGCACGCAAGGCAGAGAAGGCUGAAAAGAAGAGGCUCAAGGAACUGAAAAAGGCUGGAGGCGAUAUCGAUUCCGCCACCCCUUCAUCCAAAAUUACAUCUCAGGCUACGUCUGCAGUGGCUUCUACAGUGGAAUCUUCAGCAACUAGCCCAGAACCGGUUGGCCCUGGUCCUUAUACCGAGAACAAGGAGCUCGCUGCUCUUCCGCAGUCGGAGAUCGAUGCCUACCUCGCUGAGAAUUUUGUGACAGUCGAUGACCCUCGGACUACUGAUCGCAAACUACGCCCCAUCAUCAAGUUCUCGUACUUGCCCGUUGCCGACGCUUCGCAGCGUGCACCGUUUGCGACCUUCACCGCUCCUACACCCAUUCAAGCUGUAACAUGGCCUGCCUUACUAUCUGGAAGGGAUAUGGUCGGUGUCGCAGAAACGGGAUCAGGAAAAACGCUUGCUUUCGGCGUGCCUUGCAUUAGGUUCAUCACUUCCCUCCCCAAGAAGCAGCAGAAAGGCAUCAAGGCGGUCAUCGUCUCUCCUACCCGAGAAUUAGCCGUACAGAUUCACGACCAAUUGGUGCAGCUCGCAAAGCCAGCUGGUCUCCAAGUGGUUUGUGUAUAUGGAGGUGUACCCAAGGACCCGCAGGUGGCAGCUUGCCGCACGGCGUCCAUUGUUGUCGCUACUCCUGGUCGAUUGAAUGAUCUGAUCAGCGACGGAUCUGCGGACCUCAGUCAAGCCGAGUAUGUUGUACUCGACGAAGCUGACAGAAUGUUGGACAAGGGAUUCGAGGAAGCCAUUCGCCAGAUCAUCAGUUGCACUCCCAACAAGCGCCAAACGCUCAUGUUCACUGCCACCUGGCCACCUUCUGUCCGUGAUCUGGCUUCCACCUUCAUGCAAUCGCCCGUCAAGAUCACCAUCGGCGAUAAUGUGUCUGGCGAACUUCGUGCCAACACUCGCAUCAAGCAAGAGGUAGAGGUCGUCGAUCCUCGCGGAAAGGAAACCCGCCUUUUGCAACUACUCAAGCAGUAUCAGUCCGGAAAAAACAAGGAUGACCGCAUUCUGGUUUUCUGCUUGUACAAGAAGGAAGCCAUGCGCAUCGAAAGCUUCAUCAGGGCCAAGGGCUUCCGUGUGGGUGGAAUCCAUGGCGAUCUCAGCCAGGACAAGCGCACAGCCUCGCUCGCUGCAUUCAAGGACGGCCGCAUCCCGCUGCUCGUAGCCACGGAUGUCGCUGCUCGAGGUCUUGACAUCCCGGCCGUCAAGGUAGUCAUCAACGUUACCUUCCCGCUCACGGCAGAAGACUAUGUGCACCGCAUCGGCCGAACUGGACGCGCAGGCAAAGAGGGUCUGGCCAUCACCCUCUUCACUGAGCACGAUAAGGCACUUUCUGGAGCUCUCAUCAACGUCCUCAAGGGCGCCGGCCAACCCGUUCCAGAGGAUCUUCUGAAGUUCGGUACCACGGUCAAGAAGAAGGAGCACGGUGCUUACGGUGCUUUUUACAAGGACGUUGACAUGACCAAGAAGGCGACCAAGGUCACUUUUGAUUAG